AUGUUUCGACCAUGGGAAAUAUCAAAUAGUGUAUCUACAAGUGAUGAAAAUAGUGUUCAGCGUAGAAAAAGACAUUUAAGUUCAGACGCUCAAGACAUAGUUUUGAGUGUUUACAAUAAGCAUUUGAAACGCAUGGAUGAUAAGGGAGUGAUUAAAGAGACAUCGGAAUUAACAAACGUGCCUAUAAGAACUGUUUGUAGAAUAGUGUCAGCAGGAUCUAAUCAUCUUCCGGACACAGAUACCGAUGAAUGUUCUUCAGAGUGA